CUCUCUCUCUCUCUCUCUCUCUCUUUCUCUCUCUCUCUCCUCAUUUCUUUUCUUUUUAUAUAAUAAUAAUAAUAAAAAGACAUUGUACAAAAUCCAAAAGUUAUUGUCGAUUUACGCCAAAUUAAGAGUAAAAGGUUUAGGGUUUUAUUAAGAGACUGAGUUCAAAUUCUUCAGAUCUCUUUCAUUUUCAUUUCUAGUUCUCCAAUUUCGAUUUCAUGGACUCUCCUUCUCCGUCUCCAGAGGAUCACCAUCGAGUUUCUUCUACUGGAGAGUCACUAAUCAGGCGAGAUAAUGUGACAGAGCAGCCACUUUCGCCCAAAGAUGGAAGGCUUGUUUCGGAGAAUACUUACCCGGAUGCAGUAGUCAUACAACAGGCGAGAUCUUUGGAUGCUGCUGCUGGAGAUUUUAACAUUAUACCACCACUUAAUACUUAUGCUACAAAUGAACACACUGUAUCUUAUGGCAAUUAUGGCAACAACACUGGCUCUUGGGAUGGGUAUCCUCAAUAUCUUAAUGCUGCAGAUGGCUUGCAUAUAUCUCCGGUUGUCUACAAUGAUAAUUCAUCUGUCAUGUUUCAUUCUGGUUAUGGCUUCAAUCCUGAGAUGGCAUAUGGCCAAUAUUCUCCAGUUGCUACUCCUUUGCCUCUAAUGCUAGAAGGCCAAUUAUACUCCCCGCAGCAGAUUCCAUUUGCGCCAUCUUUCUACCCACAAUCUGCACCUCCCAAUGUGCCUUCAUCAGUACCUCUUUCAUCAUCUGAACACAUUGCAUCAGAAAGUAAUACUGACAACUUGCUUUUUGGGCCAGGAUCAGGUUACUUAGUACAGUUUGGCUCAUUUGGUGGAGGGAGCAUGUCUGGCACACCUGGCUCUACUCCAUUAUCAUCUCCAUCAGUUUAUUCUCAUCCAAUGGGCAUACUUGGGCCAUAUGAGCACCAUAUUCAACAGAUUUCUCAACAGCCCUCCAUUGGACAUUACCAGCAUCGUGGCUCCUAUCAAGGCUCCAGUAUUGGCAGUGGUUCGAUUUCUUUUCCAGGGCCUCGUGACUGGGUACGUGCUUCUGCUGACAAGGGCAGAAGAAGAGAGAGGAAUCAUGAUUCAGUUUACACCUCUAAUGAUUCACUUGGUUUUGAUCGUAAUCGAGGACCAAGGGCUUCAAAGAUUAAGGGCAAGACCUCUGAACACAUUUCACUCUCUGGUAAUGGCAAAGAUGAUCUAUCUAGCUCGGCCUUUCAGCUUGAUUUGUACAAGAAGUCAGAUUUUGUCACUGAUUAUGAGAAUGCUAAGUUCUUUAUAAUCAAGUCUUUUAGUGAAGAUAACGUUCAUAAAAGCAUUAAAUACAGUGUUUGGGCCAGCACACCGCACGGGAAUAAGAAACUAGAUGCUGCUUAUCAUGACGCAAAGGAGAAAGAAGGCAACUGUCCUGUCUUUCUCUUGUUUUCGGUCAAUGCUAGUGGACAGUUCUGUGGGGUAGCUGAAAUGGUUGGACCUGUGGAUUUUGAGACAAAUGCUGAUUACUGGCAACAAGAUAGGUGGAGUGGUCAGUUCCCUGUCCAGUGGCAUAUCAUUAAAGAUGUUCCCAACAGUCGAUUCCGGCACAUACUACUUGAGAAUAAUGAUAAUAAGCCUGUUACUCAUAGUCGAGAUUCUCAGGAGGUGAAACUAGAACAGGGUAUUGAAAUGUUGAAGAUUUUCAAGGAUCACAUUGCACAUACAUCUAUUUUGGAGGAUUUUGAUUUUUACAACCAGCGGGAGAGAUCUCCAAGGGAAAGAAGGGCCAAACAAGCUAGUCAAACAGCAGAUGCUUCAUGUUCACUUGCUGACAAGGCAAUAAGUCAAAUAUCUGCGAGCUUUGCUCAAGAUCUCCGCUUGAAUGACUACAGCAAAGAAACAGCAAUAAUUGAUGCUAAUCAUAUCUCAAAGACCAAUUCUGGGGUUUCAUCAGUUAACCAAUCCAACACUUCCUUCCAGCAUGCUAAUGAGCCCAGCACUGUCCAUUCAUUCAUUGAGGAUUCCAUUAGCCAUAGUUUAUCCAGUGCUUUGAAUUUAGAAGAGGGUAUCAAAUAUCAGGCGAGCGAAUUGGAUGGUAAGCCCCAGGGUUAAGGCUGUUGAUAAGAUGACUACAGGUUAUGCUUGACAGAUAGGAUUUGUAGUUAUAGGCAGCUUUGAGAUGCUCGUGAUCGGAUAAGUCGUAAUCUUGUGAUUUUAUGGAUUCUUUAUUCGCUGACAUGGGAGGUGGUAUUCAGGCACGCCGAAUAGCCCGGAUGCAUACUAACAAGAUGGUUUUUGUUAUUGUUUGUUUUGUUGUCAAUCUUUCAGGGGAGUUGAGAGGUAGGUAUGGCAUGCAAAGCAGUUUACUAUAUGAUUAACAAGGUGUUCUCCUGUUGAAUUUUCUUCGGAUUGUUUGCCUUGGGAGAAAAUGAUGCUUUGGGAGUUAGGGAGGGAGUGGCUCGCUAUUGUGGGGUUUUAGAUUGUACACUAUGUGCCUUAUGCCUAAUUUUAUGUAAUUUUAGGUUCUCUGUUUCUGGUUUUCUGAUUUUUAAUUAGUGGAAGAAUUUGUACAAUUACCCAUUUCUUGGGAAGCAAAAUAAUAAUAAUAAUAAUAAAAGAAGGUUAAUACAAAAAUUGUCUUGUUAA